AUAUUUACAGAUGGAAUCACAAAUAAACUCAUUGGCUGUUACGUGGAUGAAAAAAUGGAUGAUGUUGUCCUUGUUAGAAUUUACGGGAAUAAGACGGAACUCCUAGUUGAUCGAGAAGAGGAAGUGAAGAGCUUCCGUGUGCUGCAGGCCCAUGGUUGUGCACCCCAACUUUACUGCACCUUCAGCAAUGGCCUGUGCUAUGAGUUCAUGCAAGGAGAAGCUCUGGAUCCAGAACAUGUUUGCCACCCAGAGAUAUUUCGACUGAUAGCAAGACAACUUGCUAAAAUACAUGCUAUUCAUGCGCACAAUGGAUGGAUACCCAAGUCAAACUUAUGGAUAAAGAUGGGAAAGUACUUCUCUCUUACACCAACAGAAUUUGCAGAUGAGGAGUUGCAUAAGAGGUUUCUACGAGAUGUGCCAAGUCGUCAAAUUCUACAGGAUGAAAUGGCAUGGAUGAAGGAGAGACUCUCUAACCUAGGUUCACCAGUGGUACUUUGUCAUAAUGAUCUUUUGUGUAAAAAUAUCAUCUACAAUGGAAAACAAGGUGAUGUUCAGUUCAUUGACUACGAGUACUGUGGAUAUAAUUACCUGGCUUAUGAUAUUGGGAACCACUUCAAUGAGUUUGCAGGAGUGAGUGAGGUUGACUAUAACCUCUAUCCAAGCAGAAAGCUGCAAAGACAGUGGUUGAGAUCUUACUUGGAAGCUUACAAGGAAUGUAAAGGCUUUGGAAGAGAUGUCACUGAAAAAGAGGUUGAGGUACUUUACGUCCAAGUGAACCAGUUUGCUCUGGCCUCUCAUUUCUUCUGGGGAUUGUGGGCCCUAAUUCAAGCCAAAUACUCCACUAUUGACUUUGAUUUUCUAGGGUAUGCAGUUGUUCGCUUCAAUCAGUACUUCAAAAUGAAGAAUGAAGUAAUGGCAUUAAAACUUCCUGAGUAGAAUUUGAGAACUUGGUUACCCGCCUGUUGAGAAGAUUCCUUACUGUUUUUGUCAUGAGUACAUAAUAGGAAAAGCUCUACAUUUGUAUUAUUCCUUCCUUCCUUCUUCUUUUUUUGUUUUUCAUUGUCUCUAAAUAACAAUCUUUCAAUGGUAAACUUCAAAUGAAGGUCUUUUCUGAUAUUGUGGAAGGAUUAUAAGCUAAUGGAUUUCUGAAACACAAGGAGAGCAAAUUUAAUCCUUUUUCUUGUAUUUUUUUUUAAUGUGAGACGUGAAUUAUUUAUUAUGAGUUUAACAUUCCAUUGCUGCUGUUUAUCGGUCCUCCUUAAGGGAGCGGGGGCAGGUGAUCAUCCUGUAAAAAAAUUUUACAUCUCAAAUUGGUACAGCAU